AUGCUGAAACCAAUUCCUCUUCUCCCCUCGGCGGCGAUCAUGGAUCCACCACACUCCUCCCGCCUGUCCAAUCUGAACUCCAGGGUGGCAUCUUCCCCCAUUGGCCGGCGCUUCAAGCUAUCAGAACGCGGCACCACCUUCACCACCGAGCUCCGCGCCGGCACAGCUACAUUCCUCACCAUGGCGUACAUCCUCGCCGUCAACGCCUCCAUCAUCUCCGACUCCGGUGCAACCUGCUCCAUAUCCGAUUGCCUUCACCCCUCCAUCUCCUGCAAAUUCCCUCCGGCAAUGGAUCCCGGCUACCAAAAUUGCAUCUUUCGCGCGCGGCGAGACCUCAUUGUCGCCACCGCCGCAUCAUCCAUAAUCGGCUCUGCUUUAAUGGGUUUCUUUGCCAAUCUUCCUCUCGCUCUCGCUCCCGGAAUGGGCACAAAUGCUUAUUUUGCUUACUCCGUCGUCGGCUUCCAUGGCUCCGGCGAUGUCCCUUACCGCUCCGCUCUGGCAGCCGUGUUUCUCGAGGGUGUUCUGUUCCUUCUCCUCUCACUUCUCGGCUUCCGUUCUCGUCUCGCUCGUCUCAUUCCCCACCCCGUUCGUUCCUCCUCUUCCGUCGGAAUUGGUCUUUUCCUCGCGUUUAUCGGAUUACAGAGCAAUCAGGGCGUCGGGCUCGUCGGUUUCAGCCCUUCUACUCUCCUCACCCUCGCCGCUUGCCCAAGUUCCGCUCGCGCGUCUCUAGCCGCUGUACAAACUUUAUCAAACGGCACCAUUGCUCUCAUCCCUGGCGCCACCAUUUCAGGCGAUCUCCUCUGCCUCCACGGCCGCAUGCAGAGCCCCACUUUCUGGCUCGCAGCCUGCGGUUUUCUUAUUAUCUCCUACUGUCUCAUCCGAAACAUCAAUGGCGGCAUAAUCUACGGCAUCGUCUUCGUUACCGUUAUCUCCUGGUUCCGCCGCACUGCUGUUACCGUUUUCCCGGACACCCCCUCCGGCAACGAAUCCUACGCCUAUUUUAAAAAAGUCGUCGACUUUCACCCCAUUCGUUCCACCGCCGGCACCCUCAGCUUCUCCGACAUUACUCGCGGCCGCUUCUGGGAAGCACUGUUCACAUUUCUUUAUGUUGAUAUCCUCGACACCACCGGCACUCUGCACUCCAUGGCGCAGUUCGCCGGAUUCGUCGACGAAAAGGGGGAAUUCGAAGGGCAGUAUUUCGCCUUCAUGUCGGACGCCACAGCGAUCAUCGCUGGCUCGCUUCUCGGGACGUCUCCAGUGACGGCGUUCAUAGAAUCGUCGACGGGGAUUCGGGAAGGAGGAAGAACAGGGGUGACGGCGCUCACUGUUGCGGCGUACUUUGUUCUGUCGCUGUUCGUGACGCCGUUGCUGGCGUCGAUACCUCCAUGGGCGGUGGGUCCUGCGCUGAUACUGGUGGGGGUGAUGAUGAUGAAGGCGGUGAGGGAGAUCGAAUGGGGGGAUAUGAAACAGGGCAUUCCAGCGUUCGUAACGCUAAUAUUGAUGCCGCUUACAUACUCCAUUGCGUACGGGCUUAUUGGUGGAAUCAGUGUAUACGUGAUUCUCAGCGCAUGCGAUUGGGCGGCCGCCGGAGUUAAGAAAUACUCGCCGGCGGCGCCCAUGGUUGCCGAGGUGGAAGCUGUUGAGAGAGGGAACGGUAAUCAUUAUGUUGAGGUGUAGGUCAAUGUAGGUGACGUUAUCGUUCAACAUAUGUAAUUACUGUGGAAUGAAUCUUAAUUGUAUAUGGAAAACUAUGGGAGAGAGAAGUCUUUGCAACAUUAACUAA